UUGGGAGAUCAACUAAAUCAACAUGAAGACUUCAGUCACUGUGCUUCUUUUUAUGAGCCUCUUUGGAAUGAGCUUCAAUUUCUAUGUAAUCCACUUUUUUGUGAAAGAGUCUAUGGCUUGGGACAAUGCACUGACGUACUGCAAAGAGCACCAUCAUGAUCUGUCCACCGUCAGCAAAGAAGAUCUACAGCAACUCUCAAAUAAUGCUCAAGAUGAUUAUUAUUGGAUUGGACUUAAGAAAGUAAAUCAUGAGCAAAACCUGUGGAACUGGUCUGAAGGUGGGAUGGCAGUAAUAAAUAAAUGGGACAAUGAACAACCAGAUAAUGAUGCUGAAAAAUGUGGUGCAGUCAAAAGAUCCAGUUCUAAAUUGCAUGAUGCUCCGUGCUCUUGGGCUAUACCAUUUUAUUGUAUGGAGGUCUUUGAGCUAUUCCUGGUUCAGCAGGAAAACACAUGGGAAGAGGCUCUGGACUACUGCAGACAACACUACAUUGAUCUGGCCAUUAUUAGUGCUGAGAUGAUUAUGACAGAGGCGAAGAGUACAGUCACAGCAGCCCAGACCGAAGAUGUUUGGACUGGCCUGCGCUUUUUAGCUGGUUAUUGGUUUUGGGUAAAUGGAACAGAUCUUCACUACACGGCCUGGUCUGUGGAGGGAGAGCUCCAGUGUCCUGCUAUGAAUCAGCGCUGCGGAAUUUUGAACAGAGAUGAGAAGCUUUGGAAAUCCACAGACUGUGAUCGGAGACUCAACUUUCUCUGUGUCAGGAGGGCACACACUAAUUAUUAAGUCAAGGCUAAAUUUACUGUUUAGGUGUAUAAAGGGAAUAGUUUAAAUUGGUAAUGCUGGCAAAGUAAUUUUCAGUAAUUUUUAGUUUCCUUGCUUAGUUUAAAACUGCUGAACAUUAUGGUGAUAUCAAGGAUCUUCUAUCAUGUAAGGUUUUAAAGAAACAGUAGCCAGUUUUCAGUAAAAUAACCAAUUACAGUAAUAUUCAUAUGUCAGUAGAGUUAAGUCAAAUAUGUUGACCUGUGUAAAUUUGAUGUCUGAGGUGUUGUUCUUCUGGCCACUUUGGUUGUAUUACAGAGACACUAUUCUAUGAGUUUAAAAAAAGUCACUGGUUACAUUAGUGCUAAUAAACAUCUGUGCUCUGAGCUUUAAUCACCCCCUUGAUCUAGCAAACUGCAUAAUGUUUAUCUUAAAACCAUAUAUUUAGAAAGGGUAAAAGAUGUACAUGAGAAAAUUAGAUUCAAUUUUCUACAGGGCAGAUAAAAUUUAUUUUAUGUCAAAGCAAACUUAUCCAGGUCUAAAAAUAUGUAUAAUAGAUGUUGGUGAAUG